AUGCCCACUUCCGCCCCAACCAGGAGCCUGAACGAGAUCCUCGCUAUCAUUCACAACCCCAACUUGACAACUGGCUACCCCAUCGGCGAAAUCACGUACUACGCUAAGAACCUUGGAGCCGAAAUCGUUCACAAACAAAUCCAGCUACGCAACAUCCUGUCGCCACAGUCAGGGGUUUUCGCAACACGCUGGGCUACGAAAAGAGCGCACCAACGAGUUGGAAUACUCCAGCGAGUAUACCCCGAUAUUCCCAGAUGUCAUCGUCCAGAGUGCUUCGGCGAGGACGGCUACCACUCCCUGGUGGCCUUUUCUGGCGUACCUUCUUUGGAACGAACUCUACCGUUCAUCAACCUUGAGGACUUGGGCGACAAGACAACACUCUCAGCUCUAGUCGAGGCUCGCAGUCGUCAGCCGCCUCAUACUUUUGCCACAACCGAGCGCUUAUUCAUGCCUUUGGGCUUUACGGACGAUCAUCGCGCGCUCUCACAUGUGAUUCGCCUCUGCGAUAGGGACGGAUACGGCGAAUCGGAAGGAUUUGAGAGUGUCACUGAGGCUGUAGACUUUGUAGACGAUGGAUUUGGCUUAGACCUUGGCAAUGGUCUUCAAGUUCUACACGCUCAACAGUUCCUCUACUCUUUCUUGCUCCAGUGCGUUCGAAUCGUCUUGUCGGAUCAUUUGGAACUAUUCGAGACUGAGAUCGAUGACCCAGAGCCUGACGCGCUGGACAUCGUUGAUGAAGAGGAUAAGGACAUUGCGUUCUCCGAGGCUACUGCCAUGACACCUUACCGUGGUCGCCAUGGUCUUCAUCUACACAGACUACGUCGCUGGACGUCGAACGCAGCCAAUACGGCCAAGGAUGAGAUCUGGCAACUUCGCGAAGAUCCAUCGCAGUUCGAAAAAGCCUACAACAGUGCUGUCGACCAUGACGUUGCUCAGGUGGCCGAUCGCCACGGGAAAGCGCAUCCUAAUAUCAAGAGCAAAGGCUUCGUCGCUAGCACCCUGAACAUUCUAGUGGCUCGUCGUCACCGACGGUUGGUAUGUUGGGAUCAACUUGACGCUUAUGCUUGGCGUAUCGGUGAGCUUUUCUCUCUCCACCCGGAAGGUGUGCGCGCUUGGUCACUCGAACCCGAAGAACUCGUGGAGGCUAUCCAGUCGUUCCACGUGCUACUCGAGCUCAUGAAGCGAGACGUUCUCGAAGAAAUGAGUCGAUAUUCGGCUAGCGAAGAACUUCGAUCGCAGUUUGUGAGGCUUCCGCUGUCAACCGGAUCACACCUGUCAGCACACAAGAACUUCAUGAAAGAUCAGAACAAGAAGGAGAUUUGCCUUCUUCUUCAAGAGUUAUGUGGUGAACUCAACAACAAGAGCGAGCAUACAACGUCUUUUCUUGAAAUCCGAGUACGUCUUGAUAUCUUAGAGACUUUCCUUCAAAAGAAGCCCAAAUUACGAGACCUGCUUAGCACGACGAUCAAAGAGGCAAUUGCACGGCUCUCGGUUCUGACGGAGUGCUCACAUCUCCUUGAACUUCAACCGUGGAACUUCAAAGUCUGGAAGAUGCUAGCAGUGACCGAAAGCGUCAAAGCCAGGGUCAACUCACGUGUGGCUGAGCCCUUGCAGGUGUGGGACCGUGUCCUCAUAGCGGCCAUGGAUACUGGGUUUAUCACUUCCCCAGAACUUGGUGAUCCUUCCGAUGGAAAGUUCACGUACCCUUACGAAGAAAGCAGACGGAAGAAGAAGGUAAUUGAUGCGCUGCGUAAAGCAGAGGCCAAUUUAGACAGGUUCUGGAGAAGCUUUGAUACGGAUUUUCGGAACCGAUCUGGAGGAGAGGACCAGGAGACCCUCCGCCGCCUUCUCGAAGAGCGUGGUGCUAUGCGGCGAACAAAAGCGUGGGUAAACGAUCGUCCCGAGAAAGAGACCGGUCACCUCUCUGCGGAAGAUGUUUUCGAACCUCAGCCGGUAUCUCAGAUCUUCCACGACCCAUCGAAAGAAAUUACGGGAAACCUGGAUAAAUUUGCCAUAGCAAAGAAAGCAAAAGACAAAACCCGUGGAACAGCUGCCGCCGUGCCCGCCGACGAGCCUGACAUUGAAGAUGAGCCCGCUCCCGAUACGUUUGUCGAUCCUCUUCGGCCGUGGACCCGUCUCGGAGACAAUUCAUAUAAGGUUCUCAAAGCGCUUUUCUUCAUCCCAGAUGAAGACAAAGUACCAGGAGUGACCAAGUGGGCUGCUUUCCGUACGACGAUGACCCAUCUUGGCUUCUCCGCUGAACAAAUGCAAGGUUCUGCGUGGCAGUUCACUCCAUCGGAGCAGCUCAGACAGGACAGAAGUCUUGACAGGGGCAUCUGUUUCCAUGAGCCUCAUCCGGGCAACGAGAUGUCGCUUGCCAUGAUGCGGACGUUGGGUGCAAGGCUGACUCGCGCGUAUGGUUGGGAUGGCUCGAUGUUCAACCAACAAUAA